CCCGCCAAUUCGCGAAUGCUCUCUCUGACACCAUGCCGCAUAUCCGUUUCAUGAAUCAAUCCUGUUGACGAACGAACUUUCGCCAGCGUUUUCGCACCCGCUCAUUUCGUCCCAACCAUAUUUCGCCAUCCUCAUUUCCGCUCCCCAUUUCGCCAGCGUUUUCCUCUUGCUGCCGCAAUUGUCGCUUGAGACAGCCGCCCUGACAUUUAGUAGUCAGUACGCGUUAGAGAGCUCGCAUCAAUGGCAGUUCGGUGCUCAGUCUCAGCAUUCAAUACCUCUUUAACCUCCGCGUCAGAACAUGCCCUCUCCUCGCACGUUGCCGGAAAUCGCGGGCCGUCUCGCGUCUCCUUCUCACCAAUCCUCUCGUGCCACGUGUCUCGGUCGCAAAUACGGCCGUCUCGUACCUCUCGCUUAAUCGUUUCUGCAAACGCCCGUCGCAAAGAGUGUGAAGGCGAGGAGGCCUAUAUCGAGGCUGCUUCUAAUGAGGAUCGCGAAAACGCGAAUGGUUUCCAGGUGGCAGGAAAUGAUUGGACGCGACGGGGGGUGAUUGCUGGUACCAGCGGGGGGCUAGCGGCUGUAGCCCUCGGUAUAGUCACAUCGGGUGCUGUCACUGCUCCAUUCGCCAAUGCAGCCACCACACCAGCAGCACCUGCAUCAUCGGCAGCAGUGGACACUGCUUCCUGGAAGCUUCUGGAGAGCGCGUUCGGGUUCUCGUUCCUGUACCCGUCCUCCUAUAUAGUCACAAUCAACCGCAAGAACGACCCCUCAGAUGCGCCUCUAACAGCCGAUGGCGCUCUUGCUGUUGUCGGCAAUUUCGUCACCUUCGACACGAUGAGUGUAAUCCGUUACGCCUUCACUGUAAACCCUGACAAACUCGCCCCUCUGAUCCAACGCAUCCUGCCCACAGGGAAUCUGAGCACCUCAUUGGUCGAGGACACGGUGUUCCCCAACCAGCCAAUCGUAGAGCUCCCUCUGGAUCUCCAGAAGAUCCUCUCAGCGCUCGCAUCUCCUGCCGGAUUAAGCUUUGAUGUGAUAACAGAGACAUGCCGAGGGCGGAUAGAGGAGGGCAAGGGGGGCGUGGGGGAGUGUGUGUCUGUGCGAGGGGCCGACCUCGUUCAGCCAAUCGUGCGCCGCCACAUAGGCCGGAUACUCCUCUCACAAGGCUACCUCUACGUCAUCACUGCAUCGUGCACCGAAGCCCGAUGGCCCACCAUGAAUGCGCAGCUACUAGCAUCCCUCGAGUCGUUCGCCUUCCUUUAAGAGAAACCCUUUCCAGUUGAUUUUCUCCAACGUUUCCUAUGCGUGGGCUGUGGCCCGUCCCGAGUUUUGAGGCGUCUCAAAACAACGUUCCCUAUGAGUGGGCUGGGGCCCGUCCCGAGCACACGGCUACUGGCAGCCCUUGAGUUGUUUGCCCUCCUCUGAAACGACACCUUUGGGUAGUUGGUCUGUCUCCUCCAACCCACUCUCUGUGUUGUGUCUUGAGUUGUCGUGACCCAUCACUACACUCAGUGGCACACGGCUGCUGGCAGGGCGGUGGGCUAGGAAUUUAGUUUUGACAGAUUCAGGCACAUUGUUGUGCACCUACCUAGCCUUCCUAUUUUCAUACGUCUGCCGGAGGGUUUGAAUUAUUGGAAGUGCUCUGGGGUGCAGUGUCCGUUUGAUACCCUCAGCAGGCUCUAGCCAUCAACAACGUUCUACCCAUCACCUGGCAGCUGCUAACAGCUGUCGUACAUUUGUUUCACCGCUGCAUAUCUACCUACAUUUGGUUAUUUAU